UGGUCCUCCUCCGGGUGCCGCUCCCCGCCGCCGGUCUCGAGCCUCCGAGCGGCCUGGCCUUCUGUGCGCCGCACGGCCUGGCGGCUCCUACUCUGUCUCCUAGCGGCCGGAGCCUGCGGCGAAUGCGCGAUUGUUCGUGAAUACACCCAGACAAGUGGAAGAGUGUUUUCUCCUCUGGCCGCCAAGCAGGCACCCUCUGCGUCGAGAGCUGCGUGAGGCCCUGGGAGCUCUGGGAGAUGAAGUUCGGCUGCCUGUCCUUCCGGCAGCCUUAUGCGGGUUUCAUCUUAAAUGGGGUGAAGACCCUGGAGACGCGGUGGCGGCCCGUGCUGAGCGGCCAGCGGCACCGCACCCUGGCCAUCCACAUCGCGCACAGGGACUGGGAGGACGCGGCCUGGAGGGAGCUGCUGGCCGAGAGGCUGGGGAUGAGCCCCGCGCAGAUCCAGGCCUUGCUGCAGGACGGGGAGAAGUUCGGCCGUGGAGUGAUAGCCGGGCUGGUUGACAUUGGGGACACUUUGCUGUGCCCAGAAAACUUAGGUCCCAACGAGGUUGCGGAGCUGGAGAAUCAAGCCCUGCUGCCCAACCUGCGGCAGAAGUACCUGACUGCGCUUGCCAACCCCCGCUGGCUGCUGCAGCCUGUCCCCGGGAGAGGCGGGAAGGACGUCUUCCAGGUGGACAUCCCCGAGCACCUGAUCCCCUUUGGGCAGGAGGCCUGACCAGAAUGGGCUCUCGAGAGGAAGGUGAUGGAGAGACCAGCUCAUCGUGCCACCGUCCGCUCACCUUCACGCCCUGGACGUGCACGUCUGGUUCGGUCUGAAUAGGCCCUCCCCUGGGGAGCGCUGCCCGCUCCGUGCUGUUCACGGAAGCAGACGUGCCCACCUGGUGCGGGGACGGGUUGGGACUCUCCUCCUGCGAUGCCACUCUGGGCUCAGCGAUAGAGUCUCGAGGACUUUGACCUUUAGGCAAAGAUGGCAGUGCCACUCGUUUUGGCCCUACGGAUUCUGGGUGGUUGAGAGAAAUGUGUUUUGAGGGUACCGGUUAGCGUUUUCCCCUCUUUGUCCUGGUCAGAACUCCCAGAUGUUUGGAGUGCGUCUGGGGAACGAACGAUGGGGGAAGGCUGGUGGCGGGCCUCGUGCACGCGGGAGAGGACCGCGGGCCCAGAAACAGGGCGCGGUCUGUCCUUGCAGGUGACUCUGGCCCUGUUGUAAAGUGUCCCUUGGCUCGCGAAGCGUGUGUGUUAGACGUGCUGCCCGGCCACUUCACGUCCGAAGAGAGGCUCCUAAAUACAGCUCUGACAGCAAAGUGAGAA